CCAUGAGAUAGAUGAUCGGCACUGCUUUGUGAGUUCUCUGCAAAUAUGAAUCGCAAAAUUUCUGCUUCCUACUCAUGGUAAUGUGACGUCAGAGGAAAAAGAAAACCGCUUUUUGCGGUCAUGGACAACUUUCUCUUCGAAUACGCGCGCGUGUCUUGUUUGUAUACACCGCGGACAGACACCAGUGAAGUGACGAUGGUGGCCUAGUGGCAAGGUCUCGGCUUCGGAACGGGAAGGCUUCAGGCUCGAGACCCGAUUUCACCGAAGAGCCGUUGUGUGAGUGGGCCCGGUGCACGCUAAAUCCGCCUGGGUCAAACGCCCUCCCACUGGCUCGGUGCGGAAGCUUGGAGAGGGGGAUGCCAGCUCAGGGGUCGUCCUCGUCAUCUGCCCGUGACUGCAAAUUACGAGGCUUCUGAAAAUUGACACCUGCAGGAAAUGAAGUACUAAAAUUUGAACGAAAAGCCUGUCAAAAUUUGCCUGUCAUGACGAACCAUAUGAUUGUCCACAUUCGACGUCACCCUUGUUACUUUCUCGCUUUCUCAGUCAUAAUCACUGCUUUCUAUUUCUUGAUAACUCUUAACUACAUUUUCGUUCGAACAGUGACAUGUCUUCGAGGCUUACAAAUUGGUACCUGCUAUCCAGAGAGCAAUUCGUAUUCCGAAAAAUGGUCAACCAAUUCUAGUCAAUCAAGUAAUGAAAGUAAUGUCAUCAAAUAAUACGAAACUCGUCCUUCUUUGGAGUCCUUUAUUCUCUGGACUCGAUUUUUUGCAGACAGGAAAAAGAGCUUUUGACCAUCCAUCCUGCAAGGAGAAAAGAUGCGAGAUUACAACAGCAAGAAAUCGUCUUAUGGAAAGCGAUGCAGUUCUAUUUCAUUUGAGAACACUGUCCAUGACAGACAUUCCAAACAGUCGAGAUGCCCGCCAAAAGUGGAUUUUCUUUUCUCUUGAGGCGCCGCCGUAUUCUCAAUUCCAUGGAUUGGCCUUCAUGCGCAACAUGUUUAACUGGACAAUGACCUACAGAAAAGAUUCCGACAUUGCCAUACCUUAUGGAAAAGCUGUUCGAACCAAUGCCAGUUCUUUUGAUACAAAUAAUGUGUAUUCUUUGUGGAGAUCAAAAUCCAAAAUGGCAGUUUGGAUGGUUAGUCAUUGUGAUACAGAUAGCAGAAGAGAAGAUUACGUUAAAGAAUUGACCAAACAUAUGGAUGUCGCGACCUACAGCGAAUGUGGGGUUGCAGUGUGUCCUUUAAACAAAACAAAUGAAUGUCUGAAAAAAUUUUCAAAGCAGUUUUUCUUCUACUUAGCAUUUGAAAAUGCUAUUUGUGAUGAUUAUGUUACAGAAAAAUUUUACAGGACUCUAAAUCAUGGCAUGAUUCCUGUAGUGUUUGGUGGUGGAGACUAUGCCAGUAUUGCUCCAACCGAUUCUUACAUUGAUGCAAUGAAAUUUUCUUCACCAAAAGAAUUAGCAGAUUAUUUGUAUAAAGUAGCGUCUAACUUUUCUUUGUUUUCAAAAUAUUACAAGUGGAAAACUGAGGGAUAUGAAAUCAAAGACCUUCCGAAUCCCUGUGUUUUGUGCGAGAAAUUGCAUUCAAAAUCUUUUCUCCUUCAUAGUGUAUAUGAUGAUAUGCAAAAGUGGUGGAUUAAGCAAUCUUACUGUCGCAAAUGGCCUAGUAGUUGACAUAUACUUGCUUUUGAAUGUUUUCCAAACUAAUUAAUUUUAAUUGACAGAUAAUUAGUUUCCAUUGUCCAGUAGUGAAAACUACUUUAACCCGAUAUAGAAUUAGGUUAUUUGAAGAUAUGUACUUAUUAUUCUAGGGGAAAUGUGUACAAAUAAUUUCGUAACACUUCACAAAAAAAUUGACGAUGUCUUUUUCGGGACCUUCAGUGAACUUCAGCGCUGUAAUACAAAUGUCCGCUCUCUAUAUCAUUGUGAUCUCAGAGCACGACAAUCCGUUUUUUUUUUGUUGCCAGAAAAUGUUAGAACAAAGAACAAUGAAACUUGGAGAUAAUUUUGGAGCAUUUAUCUAAAUUCAUCGUUUUAUCACGAUGUUAACUUGUUACAUUCCGAUUUGUCCGAAUUAUACCUCAUCAAGAUUGCUCAUUAGAAUAGUUUUAAUUAUACCUCAUCAUAAUGUAAAUAAUUUAAUUUUCACUUGAAUGUCGGAGGAAAUUUCCUCAUUUUCUUAUCUGGGUAUUGCAUAAAAGUAAGUACCAAUUAUGAUAAUGUACAAAAAUUUUGAAUCAAAAUAAUUAUACACUCUCAGGAAUUUACUUCUAGAAAUGUUUAUGCUUUUAUAUGAACUCUGAACUUAAUUAGCUGCUUUUGUGUAGUAAAUAGUUUCUAGUCAAAUGUUGUGUAUAUAGUACUGUUGACAAUUUAUGCUUAUAAUGCUUGAGAUACCAAUUUUUUGUUAACCCAUUCAUUCCCAAGUAUGGCUGAAAAAUAUUUAUUGGUAAUAUUAUAUUCGAAAAUACUUGUGAUUCAUGUAUCGAAAAAUUGGAACGUGUUUUUUUAAAUCUGUGAUUUUAUAUAAAAAUACUAACUACCUCUUUUUUGAAAAAUUUAUUUCAGUGCAAAAAUAGCAUUUUUUACUACAUUGGAAAAAACUCAAUCUUCAUGAAUUAUGGGUGGAUCUGCGGAGAAAUUUUUUUAUAUAAGAUUCAUCCUUGGUUAAUCUGUGUGAUGUUAUCAAUUAUUACCGUUCCAAAUGUAUCAUACAAAUUACCACGAUAUAACUUUUUUUUAUAGGAUUUUCUUGAAAGCGUUAAGAAUCGCUGUUUGAGGAAGUCUAAGUUCAUAGAUAAGUUCACAAGAAGUCACUCUCUCACAUUUCAUGACGUAUAUCAACAUAGUGGUCGAACUGUAUGUUAUCUGUGAUGUUAAUUAGAUUCGAAUCAGGAAUGUCUUGUAUAUCAGGAUCUUCUUUGAGAUUACUUCCUUGUCGUUGUUUUCGAUAAUACUUUCUCAAUCCGUUUCUAAACAGCAUACCUUGCGAAUAGAUGCAUUCAUAUCUAAUGAUUUAAGUUUGAUUUUUGCUCAUUUUGCUGUUCCAUCAAUAGUAUUCUUUCUAAAGGCUAAUUCUUUUCUGGUUGUGCUUCCAAACAUUAAAAAUUGCUGUUUGCGGAAGUCUAGGUUUAUAUAGAUCAGAAGAAGUCAUUCUUUCAAUCUAAAUGAUAUAUAUCAAUAUAGUGGUCGAACACUUAGUUAUCUGUGAUGUUAAUUGGAUUCGAUUCAGGAAUGUCAUGUAUAUUAGAACUUUCUUUGAGAUUACUGGAUUAUUGGAGUUUUUUCCUUACUGGUGACGAUGAUUUCUCCAUCUUUUUCUAAAAGAUAUACCUUGUGAAUGGAUUUACAUAUCUCCUGAUUUAAAUUUGAUCUUUGCUCAUCUUACUAUUCCAUCGAUAUUAUACUUUACAAAGGCUAAUUUAUUCUCUUCUGGUUGUCAUUCUGUUGAAGUCCUGUUGUAGAAUUAUAAGUUUUGUUUUUAGCUGUCACUGUUUGAGUAAGUAAAUCAAAUAUUUAAUGCUACAUAAGAUACGGCACAUGACAACAAAACGGGCAGUUUUAAUAAUUUUCUGUAAAAAAUGUAUGACAUGAUUUCUUUUUAAAUUUAAAGUGAUAUCACUUCGUUCAAACUCUUGACAUUGUUUUGUUGGACAGAAUGCAAACACAUUCAUUGUAUGCCAUUUCAUUGCCACAUUCAUUGUAUGCCAUUUCAUUGCCACAUUCAUUGUAUGCCAUUUCAUUGCCACAUUCAUUGCAUGAAAUUUCAUUGCCACAUUCAUUGUAUGCCAUUUCAUUGCCACAUUCAUUGUAUGCCAUUUCAUUGCCACAUUCAUUGUAUGCCAUUAAAUUGGAAUAUUAUUGUAUAAUAUAUAACUAAUACCAAAGGUUUCACCAUUCGAAUAUUGGACCAAUUCGUUUGCUCAAGUCGAUGAUUUCUUAUUAUAAAUUGCUGCCUUCAUGUCAAUUUUUCUUUCUUUUUCUUUUCUGAUAGAAAGAAAGCAGUAUUUUCGUAACAAAAUCACAGCUAAAUAUUGGAUAAUAACUUCUGUGUAUAUACAAGGUUAGCAUAAAUAAAUGAUCGAAUUUUAAAAGUUCACAUUUUCAAAGUUAUACAUAUUAUAAAAAGUGAUAUAUGAAAAAAAAGGAAAACAUCCGUAAUUUUAUCUUUAACAUCGCUUAAUAGGUGAUGAUUUUAUGGACAAUGUUGGGAAUAUGGUUAUUUCUAAAUUACGUGAAGAGGACAGUACAAAUUUUAUCUUCCAUUAAUAUAUAGCACCAUCCUAUUAAGUUUUGGAUGUUUCUAAUGUAUUUAUAUGAAAAGUUUCCACAAUACUGGACUGGACGUUCAAGUAACUCUUAUUUAGCGUUUAUCAUAUGUUCACCAAAAUCAUGGAUCUUAUUUAAUGUGAUUUCUUUUUGGUGUUACACCGAAGAUCUUGCUUGUAAGCCUUUAUUGCAGAAAACAGUGAAAUGGACUUUACACAUCGGUGCAGCAUAUCGCACUGUUGACAGUAUAAAACUUUAAAAUGUGUGAGCUAACAUGUGUGAGCUAACUUGACUAUAGAUUAGAUAUUUGUUGCUUUACGAACGGUUCACACAGUGAACAUUCAAAACUAAAAGAUAAGAAAAAGAGCUUUUGUCGUUAUUGUCCUGAUUAUAUUAUGUGCGUAUAAUAUGUGUUAAUGAGUCAUUAUUUCCCUGAUUAUAUUAUGUGCGAAAACAUAAAAUUUUAAUAUCUGAUCAGCUUUUUAUGUCCAACCUGUAUAAUAAUCAGUGAAUUUGAUGUGUAUAUAUAACAAGCAAAAUUGUAUUAUAGCCGUGUUUGAUUCUUUUUACACAUUUUUAUUUAACUUGAUUUGUUUUAAAUAUGUAUAGAUGGAAUUUUGUGAUAGUCCCAUGGAUUUUGAUAGACUUAUUGGUAUACGAACCACUAGCGAUACAUUAUUUUAUUUUUUGUGCUCUAAGUUUUGUACAAAAGGUUAAAAUAAAUGUUCAAAAUGAAUGUGAAAUUGCGAUCUUUUCAAAAAUUAUGUUUUAUAUCUAUUAUUGUGAUAUAUAUUUUUACUUUUUGGUUCUUCGGCCCUUUAAAUAGCUGUCUACAUCACUAUCCGCAUUGUCUGUAUGCUACCAUAUAGUGCUGGUUAUUAUAUAAUUCCAUUACAAAAAAAAUGUUUUUUUUUAAUAUAUAUAUAUAUACAGGGUGCGGCAGAAAAACCCGGAAAACAAAUUUUAAUGUAACUUAAUUAAAUAUUAAUAAAUUAUCAUAACAUAACAAAUAAUAAUAAGAGUAGACUUUUACUGAUAAAUAAAUUUAAUUGAUUUCAAAGUGGUCGGCUUUUGCAGUGAUGCAGAGGCGCAAAGGCUUAUUAAAAUUUUCAGCAAUUGGUCACAAAUCUUCUUUCUUUAAUCUAUCCCAUUCCAGCAGAAAACAUUGCUUUAGAGAGUCCAAACUUUUAUGCCGUUUAAUGCAAGUUUUAGAAUCCAAAAUUGACCAUACACUUUAAUCAUGGGAUUGAGAUUCGGCGAAUAUGUGCCUAUUUUACUGAUGAUAUCACGUCCAGAAAAUGUUCCUUCCACCACUCUUCUGUCUUUUUAGCCUUGUGAGCUGAUGCAAAGUCUUGUUGAAACUCCUACUUUACAGUGCCGAAGUGCGUUUUGGCCUAUGGAAAUAUUACAGCUUCUAGAAUGUGCCACUGAACGCUUUUUGAAUUAUUUUAGCUCCCUCCUCCACAAAAUGCAGAGAUGUUUUGCAGCUUUCGCAAAUUCCGCCUCAGACCAUGACCGACUUUGGAUUUUUUCCGAUGUUCACCAAUUGCUGAAGUGCUUGGUGCCUCUACAGGCCAGAUCCUAUAGUUCUAGAAGUGACGAACUUUUGAGCGGUAAAGAGCUUCUUAUUAAUGAAAAGGAGUCUCUCUCAGUUCUGAUAUGCGGCCCGUUCCAAAAGUUUUCGGUCUACGGUGGUCUGGUGGUAAGGUCUAGGCUUCGGAACCGGAGGGUUUCAGGUUCGAUACCCGAUUCCACCGAAGAACCGUCAUGUAAGGGGGUCUGUUGCAUGUUAAAUCCGUCCUGACCAAACGUCCUCCCGCUGGUGUGGUGUGGUGAGGGGAGUGCCAGCUCAGGUGUCGUCCUCGUCAUCUGACCGUGGUUCAAAAGGACGAGGUCCGUCCCAAAAUAGCCCUAGUGUUGCUUCAAACGGGACGUUAAUAUAACUAAACUAAACCAAAAGUUUUCGGCAUCUUUGAUGCCGCACGAGUUUUUUGCUUCAGUGGGAAGCUGAACUUUCUUGAUCUUGUAAAGCUUAAAUCGAAGCUCUGAUUUUGUUACUCGUUGCUCUGAUAGGUCCCUUAUUUUCAGUUCACGAGCGAUCUUUCUCAUGGAAACCUUCGAAUUUCAUUGAACUCGCUUUUUGAUAAUCCACGAUUACUGAAAGUGUUCACCAUAUGUUUUAGUUCACUUCCUGAACUUUGACAAUCAUUGCCAAGUUCUUCGAAAUGAUAGAUUGCAUCAGAAACUGUUUGCCGAGGAGCAUUAAGCAAACGAACGACUUCAUACUGUUCGUUUUCCAACUUUAAAAUAGCAUAUCGUUUACUUGGCAUUGUAAAAAGGCUAGAAAUCAGUAUAUAAACUAAAAGAUUCGUUGUAAAAUAUGUUAUAAUUGAAGUGGUAGACAAAACAAUAUUAUAGAAAAUUGAAAAGAAAUUAAUUAAUUUCUAUUUUAUGAUGUAAUAACUUUGUCCGAGUUUUUUGUGCCGCACCCUGUAUAAAAUAUUUCGAGUGACAAAAUUCCGAUGUUUGAAUUAAAAAAUAACUCAUGCAAUUCUUAAAAAAAUAUUAAUGUCAGCAAAUUCCCAACGAAGUAACAAAAUUUUUAAUGCCUUUCAACACUUUGCAUCUUUUGAAAAUGCUAUUUUUAGCACGGUUUUCAGCACAUGGUUGAACUAGGGAUUGCAAUAUCGGGAUAUCGAAUACCUGUAUUUUGAGCCAUUUGUACAGUUUUGUAAUAACUGUAUUCACAAGUUUAAAUACCGUUUUUUUGGUAUUUACUAGAAAUGUUUUAAAUUGUCUGCAUUAUAUGUCCAAGGAUCACCAACAUAGCAAAAUAGUAUAAGUUUUUGUUUUUAUGUCUCCCUAACGGUCGAAAUUAAUUAGAAGAACUGUGAAUACAAAGUUGCACCAUACAAUCAAGAGAGGAGAUCAAGUACUGUAUGACAACGGACUGUAAAACCUUGCGCGCUUUUGCGCAUGCGUUAGGAUGGGUUUAAUUCGACAAAAUAGGGGUGAGAAGAAAGAUGAAAGGAGGAGAUGCUUACAUUUAACAAUCAAGACUCUCAGUUUUAUAAGACGCAAACAUUACAGAUAAUUAGUAAUACAGAGGGAAAAAGGUACUAAUGCACAGUAAAAUAUUUCAGAGCAAUUUUUAUUUAAUAUAAGGGACAUAAACAUUAAAUUAUGAAGAAUAAAUAAAAUUGUCUUAUGGUAUUUACAUAAUUAUAAUGAUUUUAAAAAUUUAAAGGAAAAAGAAGAAAAGAGACUCACCAAUUCAAAUCUGAUCAAGUUUAUAGUAAAUUUUCUUAAAAUGUUUUACCCACAAACCUAUCCACAUUCAAAAGAAUUCGGUACAUUUAUCGAAGAUUAUGAUGACACUAAUGUCGAUUGUGAAAAGGAAUUGCCUCUUGAACAAAACUUAGAAUUAGCGAAAAAUAAAAAUAAAAAUAAAAUAAAAACUUUCAACAAACCAAAAUACAAUACAGAAAUCUGAUAUAUCCCAAACCAUCCGACGAAAAAUCGAUUUAUUUGAAGAUGAGGGAUUUAGAGGUAAAUACUUGGAAAAGUAUAUCGCGCAUUGCUAACAGUACAACCAACUAGCGUAGAUGCCGAAAGAGCGUUUUCGACAGCUGGUCAUUUUUGUACAAAAUUACGUUCCAUACUUUAUGACAGUAUAAUUGAUUCAUUAUGUUUUUUAACAUCACAUUUCAAAAAUUUGUAAUAGUACCACAGACUGAAUAGUGAUAUUUAUACUUUUUUGUGGUUUAAAUAAAUAAGAGGUUCCUUUACUUUUUUGUGAUUCUUUAUAUACUGUUAUAAUUUAUAAAUUACAAAUUAUUUUUUGUGACAUUUACCCUCUCUAAUAAAACUGGCAAAUAAAAAAAGAAAAAAGAAGCACCUGCGUUCUUUCUUUUUCUAAAAUUUCUACUACGGUAUUAAAACCGGUAUCUCGGUAUUAAGAUCUAAAAAAUACCGAAUACCGGUAUUGAAUUUUUCAUCCGAUAUUGCAAUCCCUAGGUUGAACCUGAUUUAUGUUUGAAACAACGCUAAUUCUCAUCAAUAUUCAGUUAUAAUUAUUUAAUAUUGUAUAUAUUAUCAUUUAUUUAAUAAAAUAAAUUUUGUAUUUGUAUUGCACUUUAAAAGUUUUAUUUGCGAAUCUGAAUAAUGUAUAUUUAAAAUGUUUGAACAUAAAUAAACUAUUUAGAAUGGUAUGAUAUUUAAUUAGAAGAUGUUUUGAUGAUGAUAUAAAUAUUUUUGAUACUAAAAAUAAGUACUAAAAAUUUUAAAGUGUUUGAGAAAUGUUUAUGUGAAAUGUUUAGUAUAUAUGUGCAAAAUGUAUUAUUUUAAUAUUUUCGGAAUUGACAUAAUAGCUAAAUGAUUCAUUCCCACUAGAUUUUGAUUUCAUAUGGCGUGAGAAAACGGAAAAAAAAUUUUGAGAAGAAAAAUUAAUCUCAAGUUGCCAUAAUAUUAGAAAAAAGAAUUAGAAAAAAAGGUGAAAUAUACAAAAUAAUUCAACUAUAAUCAUCUACUUUCUUGGCACAAUGAUAAUAAUGUGGUUAAAAAAACACAUUAUUAUCAUUUUUAAGUUUCCUUCUGAACCUUUGCCAAUGAU